AUGCUGCUGCAGAGUGUUUUCAGCUUUAUGUUCCUGUGGCUUGCCACAGUUACAGCCAUUACUGUCACUUCCUCUUCAUCAUCCUAUGUAGUAGACACUGGAAGCUCUUACAACUUCAUCGUUACUAUUAGCCGUACCACUUGCGAUAUCACGUCGAUUAAGUUCUAUGGUAGCGAGUACCAGAAUCAGGGUACGUUCAGCCACAUUGGUUCAGGACUGGGUAGUGGAACAUCUGUGACAUAUUCGACAAGUCCAUCUGGUGACACCGUAAUCUUCCAAUGUUCCCAGAAUAAUGACAGAUUCAACCUUCAGCAUUACAUGGUCUUCCGCAAUGGAGCAGCUAACAUCUGGAUGGGCACCAACAUCAACUCGGAACCUAGCAAUGGCGAGCUGAGAUAUAUCUUCAGAUUGAAUGGCUUGGACGUUUCCUGGCCGAACGGGGACGCGUCAAAGACCGCUGGCGGCACUGAAAUCGAAGGAAGUGAUUUCUACUCAUCCGACCGAUUCAUCGAUGAGAGAAUCUACUGUGUCACCAACUCUGGAGUCACUGUGAAUGCUUGCUGGCUCCGCCCGAACCACCAGGCGACAGAGAAAAGUUCUGGAGGCCCGUUCUUUCGGGACAUCAGUUCGAACGCAGGGUCGUCGUACAACGCCUUCACCUAUUACAUGAACUCGGGCCAUGUACAAACCGAGGGUUGGAGGACCGGCUUCCACGGGCCCUACGUCUUCUCAAUGACCCGAAGUGGAAGACCCGACCCCACCGGUGUCGAUGUCUCCUUCUUCGACAGCCUUGGACUGUCAGGUUAUGUUCCGGUCUCCGGCAACCGCGGAUAUGUCUCAGGUACAGCGUCUGGCGUGUCAACAAACUUUCCCAGAGUGGUACACUGGUUCAACAGCAACUUCCAAUUCUGGGCAUAUACAAGCUCCGCAGGAGCUUAUUCAUCUCCCCCUAUGCCGGCAGGAACAUACACGAUGAAUUUGUACCAGGACGAAUUUCUCGCCGCAAGCCAGUCAGUGUCCGUGACCGCGGGAAGAACUACGACCUCAAACAUUGCUGCAACACACCCGGCGCUGACUCAGUCGAGAACCACGAUCUUCAGAAUGGGAGACUACGACGGGCAGCCCACGGGAUUCCUCAAUGCGGCCAAUCAGUUGCGCAUGCACCCCUCAGAUGCCCGGAUGGCAAACUGGAGCCCCGGUACUGUAGCGUCCACAGCUACGUCUUCAUUGCCAAUGGCCAUCUUUAAGGGUGUCAACAACGGGCAGAAGAUCACAUUCUCCCUCAGUGGCGCUGUUUCUCAGACAGCAACGCUGAGAAUCGCAACCACGCUAUCCUUUGCUGGUGGUCGGCCGCAGCCGAUGGUCAACGGAUACAAUUGCCCGGCACCAUCAGCUCCCUCAAAGAUCGACAGUCGCGGAGUCACCAGAGGCGCAUACCGUGGGUACGGCGAGAUCUACGAAUGCAGCGUGCCCGCUGGGACUUUGGUCAGCGGCACAAAUACGGUUACGGUCACGGUUAUUUCCGGAACCGGUGGUGACGCAUUUCUGAGCCCCAAUGUUGUAAGUGUUGCUGUUGCAUAA